GUAUCAACUACUAAUUCCCCUCAACGAUAGUGUCUCCCGUUAUUCCCUUAAUGAGAAUCGUUCCACAUUUUAUUAUUCCAAAGAAUUGUUUACCAAAAUAUUAAUAUGCAAAUCCAGCAUUUUUAUAAAAUAAAUUUCCAAAGAAUAAAUAUUCAUUAAUACUUUAUUUGUAAGAAUUGUUUAUUAAAAUAUUGAUAUGCAAUUCAACAUUUUAUUCCAGACAAAUUUCCAAAGAAUUGUUUACUUAAAUAUUAAUAUUAGCCUAAAACUGUAUUUUCUUUUCUGCUGCAUUUCCGACAACGAAAAUGCAGCAAUAAACAGAAUUUUAGUAUAUAAGCCAGUGAAAAAUAAAGAAAGCAAGUUAUAAUUUCAAACCACACCAAACGUCUUUUUUUUAGUCAAAGUUUUUUCCGCAAAUAAAAGUGGCGCAGUCGGUAGGAUACCGCAAAGUCCUAUCCAACGUAUAAAAAUAAUAAAACAGAUUUUAUUGUGCGCGAUAGAACUAGGAUUUUAAUCCUUAGUGCGGUAUUCGAAAUAUCCUUUAUAAGAUUAAAGGAUACACAAAUUUUAUGAAGGAAAAAAAAUAAAAAGGAUAUUAAGAAAUAUCCCUGUGACUAAAAAAAUAUUAGUGGAACCAGAAAGGAUAUAAAGAUCUAUCCUUUUGGUGAACAUCCUUGUGUCAGAAGGAAACCUAGUGAAAAAAAAAAGAGGAUAUUCCUUCAGUGGAUUAUAAACUUCAAAAAAACAACAACCAUAAUAUAAAGACUGAUUAAAACUAUAUUAAACAAAAAACAAGAAAAAAUAACCAAUACAACAACAAAACAAAAUAAAAUUUAAAAUACGGGUCUAAUACAAGCAAACAACAACAAGGAGAAGUAAUAAAACAACAGCAACUAUUGGAGCAAUAUUGUAAAGAAAUAACAUUACCAACAAACCAAUAAGGAACAGUUCAUGCCGAGAACUGCACCGUGGAAGACCCUACUACUAAGAAGAAAGUAAACCUGCAAUCCUUAGCACCAACAACCAAAUUACAAAAUGAUUAACUGGAUCAUAAUAAUGGUUGCAUUUACUACAGCAACCAAGGCCCAAACCCUCGACAUACAAGACUUAUCGAACAAUAAUGGUUACAUACCGAUAAAAACAGGAGAGACCAAUACCGUAGAACACUACAUAAAAGUACUGCACAUAAUAAACACUACAGAAUUCGAACGAACUAUGGAGAUAAUUAAAACCAACAUUGACACCCUAAAGACAUCCAGUAGCGAAUCAAAAACAUUAAUCAGUACAAUAAACAAGAACUUUAUGCUACUAAAAGCGAAAAUAGAAAAUCUUAACCCACAUUUUAGAAAGAAACGGGCACUCUUAAACAUUAUAGGAAAAGGCUUAAAAAUGAUUGCAGGUACAAUGGACAGCGAUGAUGAAGAACAAAUAACUGAAGCUCUCAAAUCUCUACAUUCGAACUAAGAAAACUUAACUAACAAAAUGAACAAACUAACUUAUAUAAACAAUGUCAUGAACUCCCAAAUCCAGAACAUAACUAACCAUAUAAACUAUCAGCAAAACAUUAUCGGGGACUACUUAGUCAAAUUCAAGAAUAUUAUAGGGAAUAAAAUUUCAACCAUAGAGGACGAGAUAACAUUUAUAGAACACAUAUACCAGAUUAACAACGACAUCUCACUCCUACGGCAUCACGUAGACGACAUAGGACAGAUUAUUUUCUCCGGGAAACUGGGAAUAAUUCCCACAGAUAUUCUCACCCAAACAGAACUCGAUUUAAUCACAAGCUUUGACAGCUAUACCAAUAUAAAAGUAGCCAUAGCACGUAAUGAAGGGAACGUUAUAAUAAUUCUCUCUAUACCACAAUAUUCCCAAGAUUCACUAUCCAAGGUAACAUUCGUACCCAUUCCUGACAAAAAUAAUAAAUCCAUAAUGGUUAAUCAUUCUGAUGUUCUUAUAGAUUUAGAAAGAAAUAUUUAUAGCACGUAUAUUAAAGAUAACCUAAAAAGAAAUCUUAUAAAAAUUAAUGAUAAUUGUUUGAACAAUAUACUAAACUUUGAAGAAGCUAAUUGCAAAACGCAAACAUUAAAUACACAAGAAAUUAGCGAAAUAAUUCCAGGAGUAUUAAUCCUUAAACACUUUAACAGUACGAUAUCACAUAAUUGUAACAAAGAUAAAUUAAAAAUUUCAGGAAAUUACUUAAUCAAAUUCGAAAAUUGUGAAGUAAACACGUUAAACAAAACCUUUACGAAUUUUAAAAUAAAAAUACAAGACAAGUUUAUCCUACCUAACCUUAUAACAAAAAUUAAAGAUACCAGUAACACAACACUUGCAGACAUAAAACUUGAAAAUUUAUAUCUAAAACAAAUAGAAUACGAGGAAACACUGAAACAAGUACUAUAUACAGAUAAAAACUCAAAAAUAAUUGGCUAUAGUAUAGAUAUUUUAAUCGGUACAUCAAUAUGUAUCUUAAUUAUAUUUAUAUAUCUCUUUAAGAAUAAACAAACCUAUGUUCCAAAUGUACAAUUAAAAAACCAAACUAUUAUAAACAAUCCGGCAAAGAUAAUAUAAUUUCGUCGGAGCCUCAAACUAAGGGUGGGGGUGUUAUAGUAUCAACUACUAAUUCCCCUCAACGAUAGUGUCUCCCGUUAUUCCCUUAAUGAGAAUCGUUCCACAUUUUAUUAUUCCAAAGAAUUGUUUACCAAAAUAUUAAUAUGCAAAUCCAGCAUUUUUAUAAAAUAAAUUUCCAAAGAAUAAAUAUUCAUUAAUACUUUAUUUGUAAGAA